CCUUGAAAUGGUUCUGGCUGGGUUGCAGCCCCUAGGUGGUGUGGGCGAAAUUUGGGACUGGUUUAGGGCAGGGAUAAGACUGAGAACACAGGAUUCCUUGUACUGCUGUAAAGAGGGAAGGCAGGAGGAUAUUGAAGACCCCAUUCCCUGCUUAGUCAAUCUCCGGCUCAUAGUCCAUGAUGACUUGGCUUAGGAUGUUCCUCGGUGUCAUCUUCUUGCUGUCUGCCUUCUCAGGACCUACUGUUGGGGGCCGCCCCAUGCCCAAGCUGGCUGACUGGAAGCUGUGUGCCGAUGAGGAAUGCAGCCACCCCAUCUCCAUGGCUGUGGCUCUUCAGGACUACGUAGCCCCUGACUGCCGUUUCCUGACCAUACACAGGGGCCAAGUUGUAUAUGUCUUCUCUAAGCUGAAGGGCCGUGGUCGGCUCUUCUGGGGAGGCAGUGUUCAGGGAGAUUAUUAUGGAGACCUGGCUGCUCGCCUGGGCUUUUUCCCCAGUAGCAUUGUACGGGAGGAUCAGACCCUGAAGCCUGGCAAAAUCAAUGUGAAGACAGAUAAAUGGGAUUUCUACUGCCAAUGAGCUCAGCCUACCGCUGCCCCUGCUGUUUAUUUCUCCCAGCUUUAUGCAAAUACAUCAGCCAA